AUGACUAGCAACCAACUACUAUCCCAGCUCUCCUUUUCCUUGGCAAAUCGCUCUCAUGCUAAAUUAGAUAGUACUCUGCUCUCUCCUCGUCGUGCUGGGGUUGCUAUUAUCCUGCGUAUCCAUCCUACUACCGAUGCACUAGAGAUCCUGUAUAUUCGCCGUGCCUGGAAUCUUCGGGAUAGAUGGAGUGGCCACAUGGCCUUUCCCGGAGGAAAGGCUGAGUCUGGAGAAUCUGAUCAGCAGGCUACCGAGCGAGAAACUCUCGAGGAAAUAGGUCUCGAUCUUCAAUCCUCUGCAUUCAAGUACUUGGGUGUCUUGGACGACAGGGAAAUUCGAUCUCCCAUUACUCGUACUCGCAUACUAGUCCUUACCUGCAGAGUCUAUCUUCAAACCGUCUCUGAAACUCCUCCUAUUGUUUUAUCACCAAAAGAAGUUGCUGACAUUUACUGGGUAGAUAUCAAAGUGUUUUUGAAUGCAUUGACCCAACCAUCCUCACUUCCACCUUGGAGAUGCUUGAAAGUUGACAUUAUAACCCCAAGAACUAUGAAUACCAAGCUAUUACAAGCUAUACAGCCAGUUUUACGGAUGGCUGUUGGCCAUUGCUUGUAUGCAGGCGUGAUUGUUCCCAGUGCUCCUCCUGAAGUUUUACCAAUUUGGGGAAUGACAUUGUGGCUGACCAGCGAUGUUCUUGCGCUAGCGAUCGGAUGUCCUGUUAAUGGAACUAAUGUGUUGGCAACUCGAGCUACUGGCAUUUAUUCCAUGUUUGAUAUACAUUGGUGCAUGUGGAUAUCCACUCUCGGUCGGUAUCCUCGUCGCGUGUUUGUCGAUCAAAAUGUUCCCAGCAUUGGGAUGGCAACUCAUCAUGCUGUUGCAGUCUCUGUGAUUUUUUCAGCAGCCUGGAAAGUCAUUUUGAUUUCACAAAUGAUUCGAUAUACUCCUCGAUUUGUUGGAUGGCUACGAUCGUCACUAUAA